UUCUCCGCUUACUUCGUUAGAAAGAGAGAGAAGAGAGAGAGAUUAGAGAGAGAGAGAGAGAAUAGAGAGAGAGAGAAAGAGAGAGAGAGAAUGGGAGGUGUUUUAUCAGCUGCGUUUGGUGGUGGAGAAGAAGUAGCUGCAGGGAGUGAAUCGGAGUCAAGCCGCGUCAUGAAAUUUAGCUCUUCGGCUCGGUGGCAGCUUCAUUUCAACGAGAUCAAGGAAUCGUCGAAACUGCUGGUGGUUGACUUCUCGGCUUCAUGGUGUGGACCCUGUAGAAUGAUUGAGCCUGCGUUUAUUGCCAUGGCUUCAAAGUUCACUGAUGUUGAGUUCGUCAAAUUGGAUGUCGAUGAACUCCCAGAUGUGGCUAAAGAAUUUAACGUGACGGGAAUGCCAACUUUUGUGUUGGUGAAAAAUGGUAAAGAAGUCGAAAGGAUCGUUGGAGCCAGAAAAGAUGAGCUUGAGAAGAAAGUUAGCAAACACAGAGCAUAGUGAUCAUUAUUCAUUUAACACCUUCUUCAAACAAUACCUAUAUUGUGUAAAAACCCAAUAAUAAAUGGUAUGUUGUGUGGGGAUGGCUUUGUUAUUCCUAUUGUUUCCUCUUUGCCUUCAAAGAGGUUAUAAGACCUUUUGUGUGAUAACUUUGUGAUAAAAUGGUAUCUAAGUUUUCUAUAGAA